CCGCCCUAACAGCAUGUCGCAAACCAUGGAGUUGCAGACGGACAACAACAGCGCGCGCGAGAGCGAGGAGGAACAGAAGAAGGAGCAGCAGAAGAGCAGGAGGCCACCCAAUAAUGCGUUUCGACAACAGCGACUGAAGGCGUGGCAACCCAUCCUCACCCCCAAGACCGUCUUGCCGCUGUUCUUCGCCGUCGGCAUCAUCUUUGCGCCCAUUGGCGCUCUUCUGUUGUGGGCCAGCUCGACCGUCCAGGAGAUCACCAUCGACUACUCGAAAUGCAAUGCCACCGCGCCAUUGUGCAGCGCCGGCUUCAAGACUAUGCCCCGUGGCGCCAUCACUGCCCAUUUCAAGAACAGCACAGAUGCCGGAGACGCUCCGACGUGGUGCAAGGAGACGGUCAAGGUCAACUAUGGCCAAAACAAUGAGAUCAGCCUUCCCACCACCCAAUGCCGAGUACAAUUCUCCAUGCCGGACAAGAUUGGGCCGCCUGUGCUGCUGUACUAUCAGCUCACGAACUUCUACCAGAACCACCGUCGAUAUGUGCAAUCGUUCGAUCAAGAUCAACUGAAGGGCACAUUCCGGGAUAACAGCUCGAUAUCAGGCAGCGACUGCGAUCCUCUCCGACAAGGAAGGGAUACCGACGGCGCGGAAAAGCCAUACUAUCCGUGCGGACUGAUCGCAAACUCCAUGUUCAACGACACCUUCUUUGCACCUGUCUUGCUCAACCCACAAGGCGAGAGCUCAAGCAAUAUUACCUAUAACAUGACCAAUGACGGUAUUGCUUGGUCUUCAGAUCGUGACCUCUAUGGCAAAUCACCUUAUACAGAUGAUCAGGUCGUCCCACCUCCAAACUGGCGAGAGAGAUAUCCAGAAUACAACGCCAGCUUCCCACAGCCAAAUCUCAAGACGUGGGAGGAAUUCCAUGUCUGGAUGCGUACCGCCGGUCUUCCCACGUUCAGCAAGUUGGCCCUUAGAAAUGACAAUGAGAGCAUGGCGAUCGGCAGAUACGAGAUUAGAAUACAUGAUUACUUUCCCGUCACGGUCUACGACGGCACAAAGUCCAUUUUAAUCUCCACAAGAACAGUGAUGGGCGGCAGGAAUCCGUUCCUUGGCAUCGCAUACAUUGUCGUGGGAGGGCUCUGCAUCCUGCUUGGCGGCCUAUUCACCGUGACCCAAUUAAUCAAACCAAGAAAACUUGGAGACCAUAGUUACCUUACUUGGAACACAGACCAGCCCUCAACGGCAACUACAACCGGGAGAGCGCCCAGAACUAACGAAGCAGCAUGAACCGAGACGUCCAUUAUUCAUUGUUAGAGAUACGCGGUCGGAUCAGGAGUUCGGGGCUCAAGGCGUUUACUGGGGUACAGUCGGCUUACUACCCACACGCUUUGCCGGUGGCACCGAUGCCUACAAGUGCCUUGUAUGUUGGCUCGAAAUCUACUCGUCACGAUCCAGAUCUC